GAUUGUUUCAAUCAGCUUCCAUCGUCUCCGCGCCUGGAGCAAAAAUCUACCUCUCUUGUGGUGGUCUUUGUAUGCUGGCAAUAUCUUGGGCAACCUUGUCUUUGGAAGCGUCGUCAGCCUUGCGCCACUCCCACACCAAAUUUGACUCUUGAUGAAGAACCAGCCCUCGACGUCUUUCACGACGUCUUUCACGACGCCUUGCUCCUUGGGCAAUUAGCUCUAUAUUGCACCCGGUCUUAUCUCCGCCUUUUCAGGGUACCCUCACCGUCUUGGGUGAGAAAGACAGCAGACCACCUGGAAGCGGCUUACAUACGCCACUGCCACUGCCACUGCCGCCGUGGACUAACAGAACUAGACUGACGACGAGAGCCACCAUCCUCUAUCCCUCUUCCAACUCCCACUCGCUCUUACCACCCCUAUCUACGAUUCCGGGAGACGGACUGGCUCUGCUCCAAUCGUCCCUCUCUUUAAAUCUAUUCGAUACCUAACACUGAACGCUCUUUACGAUCACUCAACCUCGAGACUUGACCGGCGAACCUCACCUCCGUCUCCGGAUUCCUGGCCCCCCGUCAUUUGUGAACCCACCUCCUACCUAACCUGCCCCUCACACAACCACACCGUCACAAUGUCAAAAGUCGUGCGCAGCGUGAAGAACGUCACCAAGGGUUAUUCCGCCGUUCAGGUGAAAGUCCGAAAUGCGACGAGUAAUGACCAUUGGGGUCCUACCGGAACUGAGAUGGCAGAAAUCGCCUCUCUAACGUUUGGCAGCCCGACAGACUUCUACGAAAUCAUGGACAUGCUAGACAAGCGACUGAACGACAAGGGCAAGAAUUGGCGCCAUGUGCUGAAGUCAUUGAAGGUCCUUGACUAUUGUCUCCACGAGGGAUCUGAGCUUGUCGUCACAUGGGCCCGGAAGAAUGUGUACAUUAUCAAGACCUUGCGCGAGUUCCAGUACAUCGACGAAGAUAGCAGGGAUGUCGGUCAGGAUGUUCGCGUUGCUGCGAAAGAACUUACUGCCCUGAUCCUAGACGAGGACCGGCUGCGCAGUGAGCGAUCAGACCGGAAGCUCUGGAAAUCCCGGGUGAAUGGACUUGAUGAUUACCAUGGCGGCCACGCAAACGGAUUGCCACCCCCACGGAGAGAGCGACGAGACCGUCGACGCGACGAUGAGGAUGCGGAGUAUCGCUUGGCAAUUGAAGCGAGCAAGCACGAGGCGGAAGAAGAGCGCAGACGACGAGCACAGGCGCAGAGCAAUGGGGAAGAGGAUGACGAGGACCUGGCCAAAGCGAUUAAGCUCAGUAAGGAAGAGGAAGAACUGCGCCGGCGUGAAUUGGAGGAAAGCAAUGCCCAGUCUUUGUUUGAUGACAGCACACCCGCUGCCCAGCCGCAACCGACCGGCUACAACCAGGGAUACCAGCAGCAGAGUGCAGUUGACUGGUUUGGCAAUCCGAUCAACCCGCAGCAACCGCUGACGACAGGAUACCUGAACAACCAAUAUGCGAACCCGACCGGAUUUCAGGGACAGGCCACCGGCAUGAACGGAUAUACCAACGGUUUCCAGGCACAGCCUACGGGUUACACCCAGAACCCGUAUGCUCAGAAUAACUUCCUGCAACCUCAGGCUACUCUUCAACCCCAGCAAACCGGGUUUAGCACCAACAACCCAUGGGGAACGGAUAUGUUUAAUCAACAGCAGCAGCAUCAACAACCGCAACAACAGGAAAGCAUGCUCACACCGGGCUCCAAUAACCCAUGGGGCAACAACCAGCCGGAGAGUCUGAAACCUAUGCCGACCGGUUCCAACAACCCGUUCGCUGCCCGUACACAGCUUCAGCCGCAGUUCCAAGCUUCAAGGCCUGCCACAUCGGGAGCACCAUCCCUCAACACACUGUCAGAGGAACGAGCGACGAAACAAUUCUCGAACCAGUUCCAGUCUUCUACAAAUCCUAUAGCCAACUACCAAGCACCUCAGUCAUCUCAGCAGAACCAAUCUCUGGCGCCGCCUAAGCCGAUGGACCCGCAUACUGCUCGCCUGAACGCACUCCUAGCCACCAGUGAAGGGCAAGACACUUUCGGCAACACUGGCGAUCUGCGUAUCCCUGCGCAGCACACGGCACCUGGCACUUUUGUCAACUCUGCAGGCCAAGGUCUGGACCGUUUAAGGGCCGCGCACACCGGGAACAACCCGUUCUUCGGCCAACAGCAGCAGCAAUUCGUCCCGCAGCAGACGGGCUAUCUUCAGCAGCCCAAUAACCCCUGGGGAGCCCACCAGCAGCAGCCGCAGCAGGGCGGCAGCUUGAUUGAUCUGUGAGGUGUUUGACUGGUGAUGAGGUGCUUGUUUAGUUAAACCUUUUGCUUCCGUGUUCGUUUCUUUCCGUCCGUACAUUCGACUAUACGGUGUCCAGAUACCACUUUUCCUUUUCUAUUUGUUCCUUUUUAUCAGUUACCCUCAUUAUCAUAUCUCCUUGUGUCUGUUCUUAUUUAUCAUGAGUUGGUCGGGCAUGUUAUCCUUUUUUGUGCAUUUCAGAAGUAUAGCAAACAAGUCAGUCCCUCACCUUAUUGUCGUCAAUACCACCCUUCGGUCUCAGUAUUCGGUCAUUUCUCAUGAAUUAUCUUUUCCUAAACAGAAGUUCUCC